GCAAAAUGGAUCUCAUGAAAGUUCAAUUGCCCCUUGGCACGUUUCCGAUCAAAUUUCUUAAUUUAUUUGGUAUUUCGAUUACAUUCAUCAAAUUUUCAGAGUAGUUCAUUGCCCAAUGAUAGCCAAUCAAGACGACAGCAGAACUUAUUAUACUGUCAAUGGGCUGAUCGAUUCUCUAGGCGGUUAUGGUCGCUUCCAAAUUACAUGGACCAUAAUCAUGAUGUUCCUUCCACUUACAGUUUGUUUUGUCUCAACCAAUACGUUCUCACUUCAGUAUUUAGAAGUGCCUGAAAGUAUGGACAGUGAACAAAUAGUUUCCUGCGUGAACGAAUCGAAGUUCUUUCAAACCGAAAAUGGCACGUUCGAAAUGGUAGCCGAAGACAUGUAUUCCACAGCCACUGAAGAAUUCGGAUUAUAUUGCGACCGUGAAAUUUGGAUCCCAAUAGUAGCAGCUGUUUUCUUUGUGGGUCAGGCAGUUGGCGCGCUCACAGCUGGUCAGAUAUCCGAUAACUUCGGACGUCGCCCAGCUCUAAUCGUUUCGGAACUUUUCUUGAACGUUCCUGCCUUACUCUCAGGUUUUUUCGACUCUUUUCCAUUUUUCGUAGUAUGUCGAUUUUUAAGCGGCGCCGGCUACUCUGCAUGUUAUAUAAUAGUGUACAGUAUACUAUUUGAAAUGGUUCCUUCAGAACACGUGAUCCUUUUAGGUCUAGGUUAUGAAGCAGUUUUUAACCUCGGAACAACAUUACUAGCCGUUGCUGCAUUUUUUAUUAGAGAUUGGAGGUGGCUGCAACUUUUUGUUUCUGUGCUAGCUUUACCUUCCAUAUUUAUUCCAUUUUGGUCACCCGAAAGUCUACGAUGGCUGGUCACUUCAGGGAAGUUUAAAAAGGCAAAGCAAUUAGCAAAACGACAAGCAAAAGCAAACCAAAUUCGAAGCACAAAAUAUGAUAGAAUCAUAGAUGCAAUUUUCUAUCAGAAGUAUCAAGUUAUGAGUGAACGAUCCGACGACAGCAUUGGAUCAUGGUUCUUCAUUGUCCAAAUUUUGAAAAUGAAGAAAUUGCAAGUCUGGGUGCUGAUUUUGGCGCUUUGUUGGUUCGUUCUAUCAAGUGCCUAUUUUGGAAUCAUCGGAAGCAUAGUUCCAGGCGACACAUUUCUCAACGUGGCAAUAUCAGGAUUGUUGCCGCUGCUCUCUUUCCCUCUUUUCUACCCAAUCGCAGUCAGAUUCGGACGCAAGCCAGUCCUAGUGGCAUCUCUGAUUCUCUGUGGCACAUCAUCCGCAGUAAUCAGCUUCACGUACUACCAAUCAGACAUCGCCACUCAGUUUCUGGCUCAUUUUGGACGUCUUCUCACCGUCUGCAGUUUCUCAAUUAACUAUGUUUACACGUUAGAGCUCAUACCGACUUCAGUCCGCGCUUCUGGAUUAGCGUUCUGUUCCGCUUUUGGACGCUUUGGCGCUUUUAUCACUCCGUGGGUUGCAGCUUUAAGCACGGCGUUCUGGGAACCCACUGCGUUUCUAGUGUAUGGUUUACUUCUCACACUAGGUGGCUUUAUGGCCGCCUUUUAUCUACCCGAGACUUUAAAUGCGCCCAUUAUGGACACACUUGAAGAAACACAACAGUUCGCUUCUAGCAUGGACGACAGUGAAAGACAUCACCUGCUGGCAUUUAGUUACACAAAAUCAGUCAACUACAGGAAACCCGUAAUUUCAAACCUAAAUUGACCUCAAUGGUAUCAUCCAGUUGCUUCUAACCCUUCAAUUUAUUAGCUUACUCAUUCACGUAAAAAAAACUAGAAAAUGGUAAAAUGCAAAAAAGAGUUGUUUGCUGCUUUAUUUCCUUGAUUUAAAUUAUCAUCCUGCACCGUAUGAGAAAUAAGUAUUUUUCAAAUUAA